UGGUUUCCGAACCGGAAGGGCCUGGCCAACGGCGUUGUGGUGGCCGGGUUUGGGGGCGGAGCCUUCAUCUUCAACCAGGUACAGACGGCCUUCAUCAACCCGGACAACCUGAAGCUGGGACGGGGGUCACCAGGGGAGACUGAUGAAGAGGGGUACUUCCACGACCCCGAGAUGUUGCAGAGAGUCCCACACGUGUUUUUACUGCUCGGGGGCUGCUACGCGGGGAUGCAACUCUUUGGCAGUCUGCUGUUGUGUCAUCCUUCUGAGGAAUACGUGAAGGACAGCCCGUCCACCAUGGCCGAAGAGAUGGAGCGAGUUGAGCUAAUCCACUCACAGCGAGGGAAUGGCGCAGCACCGCUGAUGGACUGCAUGAGUAUAUCUCCCAGGUAAAAACUC